AUGGGUGGUCGGUCACUUCAUCAGCAGACCGGCUUCUUCGUGUACGAAGGCAAGUUGAAGGAAGCAGAGUGGCUGACGGUGGCCGUUGAGAAGAUGUGGAAGUACAUCGGCUUGUCCAUCGAGAAGCUACUCAAGGAAGACAUCACGGCCCUCAUCAGAGAUGAGGUUCCAAUGAUGAACUCUUUCCAGUUCAGCAAGUGCAACUUCGGAAGCCAGUCUCCGAACUUUGGACCUUUGAAGGUGCGUGCAAAGGACAACUGCGUGGAGCUGUUGAUCGACAUGCACUGGACCGCGUCUGGCUCCGAGAUUGAGGUGACCGUCGGCAAGAUGAAGCUCGGGAUGAAAGACAUCAAACUCAACGGACCCAUCCUUUUGGUGUUCUGCCCUCUACUGGGUGAGUUGCCCAUUACUGGUGGUAUGAGCAUCACAUUUCCGGAUCCACCAGAGCUGACCUGGAAUUGGACAGGUUUGGGCAAGGCUUUGGCUGUUGACGUCGUUCGGAAGGGGAUCGUCCAUGCCAUUUUCCAAACCCUGGUGGUGCCCAGCCGUGUCUAUGUGGACAUCGCAGGCCUGGCCAGCAACCGGCAAGAAGAGUUGCGAGUGGAAACCUUCCGAUCGCCGGCGCCCAUCGGAGCCCUGCAUUUGGCGGUCCUUGAGGCCCGAAAUUUGCCUGCAGCCGACUUCGGCUUCACUGGAAAAGGCUCCUCGGACCCUUAUGUCAUCAUCAAGAUUGGGAACAGCAGCUUCCAGACAAAGUGUCAAGCAAAGACCCUCGAUCCUGUUUGGGGCCCGGCCCAUUCCUGCGAUCUUCUGGUCUACCACAUGGAGCAGCACAUCUUCGUCGAAGUGUGGGACAGUGACAUGGUCACAUCCGACGAUCUGCUUGGGCAUGUGGAGAAGAAGGGCAAGAGGCCCACGGUGGCGGACUUUGUGGAGAAGUCGGAGAAGGAGACCUGGUGGACGCUGAAGACGGAGUCCGAGUCCGAAGAGAACCCGAACCCGCCACAGAUCAAGCUUCGAUGCUUCUUCCGGGAGGUGCCAGAGGUCGACCGCAUCGAGGCCAUCCCGGUGAACUGCAACAAGCGCUGUGGCCUCGUGGAGGUCGCGGGACACAGCAAAGUACGGCCCAAGAGCUGCUCGCUCUGCGGCAGCAGCUUCGCCAAGACCUGGGAUCAGCUCUGCUGUGGAGGUGCUCCCGUCUACCAGGGCCAGGAGUGCAGGAAGUGCAACUUCCGCUGCUGUGCAACGUGCCUCAGCAACCGGCGCCCGGCAGCAGGAAUCCUUCGGAUUUGCCUCCGCGAGGGCUUGGUCCCCCCUGGGGACGCGGCAGACGGAGUGGUCCUUGGGGUGAAGUUCGAGAACGAAAUGCUAUGGUCCAAGUCCUCCUACAAGCCCCAUUACGUGGAUGAAUCCGGCCGAAGUGAAGCACAGAAGUGGAUUCGGAACCUGUGUGCCAGGUUCGACAAGGCUUCUAUUAGCAAGUGCCUGGGAAUGAAGCCCGACAAGAUCCAGGAGGUCUUAGACAUGAGUAUCCCCGAAGUGAAGCAGGGCGAUUCGGACCUACUGCAGCAAGAGCCGGUGAUUUGGGACCAUGCGCUCCACUUCCUAAUCCGGAAUCCUCACAGCGAGAUCUCUGCCACGGUCACGUACAAGGGCAAGUCUGGAAAAGUGGAGCGCAACGUGGCGAUUCUGUCGGGCAAGAAGUUGGCAGCUACCAAGAAGGCCGCCCUACGCUUGGCGGGCAAUGGAAAGACGAAGACGCAGCCACAGGCAUUUUCCGAUUCGGGCACCCUCGCCUGCGAUUCCAACUUGAUGGAAGCCACUUGGACCUUGGACGUGGACUCCAAGCACACUGCAGACGUCUUCGUGGAGGUGUCUCUCACACCGCUUGAGUCCUUCUACUGA